AAAAAAAACAGUUUUUAUAAAAUGUUCGGAAUGUUAGCAUUGGUGGCAGCUGAAAAUAAUAGUCACACAAAUGAAAAAAUAAAAAGACGGAUUUUAAGAGAUUGCAGCAAUCCGUUAGAUUUGAAUGAGUCGACGGUGAACAAAGAUGCUUUUUGCAUGCUGGUAAAAGUCGUAACACCGCACGUUAAGUUAUCAUCCAUACCAAGUUCUAUUCAGUUGGCCUGCACAUUGCGUUUUUUAGCGGAAGGGGGCUUUCAAAAAUCGGUAGGCAUCGACAAGCAAAUAGCUUUGGGUAGGAGCACUGUUGGAAAAAUUUUGACAAAUGUUAUCGCAAUUUUGGAAAGGCGCAUCUGCCCAUCAUGGAUAAAAUUAGAAAUGUCGGACGCUGAGCGGAGUGCGUCUAAGCGCCACUUUAUGCAAAAAUUCGGGAUUCCGGGUGUGGUAGGUUGUGUGGACGGAACACAUAUAAGAAUGACAAAGCCUCAUCGUGACCACCACCUUUUUUAUAAUAGGAAAGGCUAUUUCAGCAUUAACGCCAUGAUAAUUUGCGACUACAAAAUGACGAUUAGAGCAGUGAAUGCUAGGCGCGCUGGUUCUAGCCACGAUUCACUAAUAUGGUGCGUAAGCAAGGCACACGACUACUUCUGCCAGUGCUAUGAGAGCGGUGAACGUGGAAGUUGGCUUUUAGGAGAUGCUGGCUACUCCCUUCAGCCAUUUUUGCUAACGCCAUACAGAGAUCCGCAGCCUGGAACGCAGGAGCAUAAAUUUAACGUGAAACACGCAUCUGCACGCAAUGUUAUUGAACGAGCAAUUGGCGUGUUGAAAAGCCGCUUCAGGUGUCUAGCCCGACUUCUUCAAUACCAGCCCGAAAAAGUUUCCAAAAUUAUUAAUGUAUGCUGUGCGCUACAUAAUAUUUGUAGAUACUACAAGGUACAGAAUGUCGAAGAUGUUCACUUUGCUAAUGAAGAUGAAGAGAAACUAAGUGAAAUAUCGGCUAGUAGAGAAGCAAAUACAAUAAGAGAUGACAUUGCUAAUAGCUUGCGUUAG